AUGGAAUACAAUCGCGAAUUAGCAACACCAGCAUCAUCGCAUUCGUCGCAGUCCGCAAGGUCGUUCCAACGCAAGAUUGCUAUUUUAGGAGCUCGGAAUGUUGGUAAAACCACAUUAACGGUGCGAUUUGUGGAAUCACAUUUCGUUGAAUCUUACUAUCCCACUAUUGAAAAUGAGUUCACUAAAAUCAUACGGUUCAAAAAUCAUAAUUAUACGCUCGAAAUCCUGGAUACAGCAGGCGAAGAUGAAUUUUCACUUCUGAAUAUGAAAUCUCUAAUUGGUAUCAAAGGUAUAGUUCUUUGUUACAGUGUAACCAACAGAAGUAGUUUUGAAUUGAUACCUAUCAUCUGGGAUAAACUUGUCGAUCAAUUGGGUAGAGAUAAUCUUCCAGUUGUCGUGGUAGCGAAUAAGAUUGAUAUGAGAGUUGAUUCCACCAAGGACUAUGUUACACGGGAAGAAGGUAUCAAGAUGAUUCAAAGUAUAGUUAGUAGUGAUAAAAAAACAAGAGGUGGCUUUAUAGAGAGUAGCGCAAAGCAAGAUAUUAAUGUUAAUGAAGCAAUAAUGAUGCUAUUGAAAAAGAUGGAAUCGAUAGAAUCAGGUUCAAACAGUGAUUCUGGAGAUGGAAAAUGUGUUAUGAUGUAA